AUGGCGACACACGCCGACAAAGGCUUCGACGCCGACGAGAAGCAUGUCACCAGCAGCAGCCCCGUCGACACUGCUGCUCCCGCUUACGAGCAGGCUCCGGGAGAGCACUGGCGGCAGGAGGAGAGCUUCGCGACGCGCAAUGGCCUCAACUUGCGUUCGUUCGGGCGCCGCCCUGUCGACCAGGUCGAGCUCGACAAGUCGAUGAAGCCUCGCCAUCUGCACAUGAUUGCCAUCGGUGGCAGUAUCGGUGCUGGUUUCUUCGUCGGUUCUGGUGGCGCCCUCAGCGGUGGUGGCCCCGCCUCAGUCACCAUUGAUUUCAUCCUCAUGGGUGUUAUGAUCUUCAACGUCGUCUACGCUCUCGGUGAACUCGCUGUCAUGUAUCCCGUCUCUGGUGGUUUCUAUACCUACUCCGCUCGCUUCAUUGACCCCUCGUGGGGUUUUGCUAUGGGCUGGAACUACGUCUUCCAAUGGGCAAUCGUUUUACCUCUCGAAAUCACUGUCGCUGGUUUGACCAUCGGUUACUGGAAUAGCGAUGUUCCGCUGGCUGUCUGGAUCACGGUCUUCUGGAUAUUCAUUGUCCUGAUCAAUGUGUGGGGUACCUUGGGAUACGCUGAAGAAGAGUUCUGGUCUUCAUUGAUCAAGCUCUCUGCCACCGUCAUCUUCAUGUUCAUUGCCUUCAUUCUCGUACUCGGCGGCGGUCCCAAGAGUGGAUUGUACAGCGAUUACUGGGGCGCACGCACUUGGUACGACCCUGGCGCUUUUCAGGGCGGCUUCAAGGGCUUCUGCGGUGUCUUCGUCACCGCUGCCUUCUCUUUCUCUGGAACUGAGCUUGUCGGUCUCGCAGCUGCUGAGACAAAGAACCCGCUCAAAUCGCUCCCUGGUGCCAUUAAACAAGUGUUCUGGCGAAUCACACUCUUCUACGUCCUCGGUCUCUUCUUCGUCGGCCUGCUUGUCCGCUCCGACGACCCGCGCCUGCUCGGCUCCGGCUCCGGCGACACCAAGUCCUCGCCUUUCGUUAUCGCCGGCAAAGACGCAGGCCUCAAGGGCUUCGACCACUUCAUGAACGUAGUCAUCCUCGUCUCCGUCAUCUCCAUCGGUGUCUCAGGUGUCUACGGCGGCUCGCGUACCCUCACCGCCCUCGGCGAGCAAGGCUACGCCCCCAAGAUCUUCACCUACAUCGACCGCUCGGGCCGUCCCCUCUUCUCCGUCGCCGCCAUUCUCGUCUGCGGCGCCCUCGGCUACAUGAACUUGGUCGCCUCCGGUGAAACCGUCUUCAACUGGUUCCUCCAGCUCUCCGGUCUCGCCGCCCUCUUCACCUGGGGCUCCAUCUGCUUCGCGCACAUCCGCUUCCGCAAGGCCUGGGCCUACCACGGGCACACCCUCGACGAGAUCCCCUUCAGAGCCCUCGGCGGAACGGCCGGCUCGUGGCUCGGCAUCUUCCUCAUUGUGAUUGUCCUCGUCGCUCAGUUCUACGUCUCCGUCUCACCCCCCGGCACCAAAGUCGGCACCGCCUACGACUUCUUCUACGGCUACCUCGCCUUCUUCGUGUGCGGCUUCUUCUGGGUCUGCGGGUACUUCUGGAAGCGCGAGGGGUGGCUUAAGAUCGAGCAGAUCAAUGUUGAUAUUGGACGAAGGGAGCUUGACUGGGAUUACAUCAAUUCGGAGAGGGCUCGCAUUGCGGCGAUGCCUACCUGGAGGCGCUGGCUCAACAAGGUCUUUUAA